AGACCAACCCCCUUCUUCCUUUCCUUCCCCCGGCACUCUGCUCUGACGGCCGGUGAGCGGCGGGAUCGGCAACGGCCGCCGCCACAGCGACAAAGGGGACAAUUCGACCGUCUCGAAUCGACGAGGCGUUUGGACAUUGCGCUUGACUGCUGAGUCCCCACACUGCACAGCAGCAGCACCAUGGCAGCUACGAGAUCCAAGGACAGAGUUGAGUCCGAGCCAGGCGGACUGGCAGCGGGACUGCAGGCACGCGUCUCGUACACGCGUGACGUCGACGAUCCUGACACGCAGCACAACAACAAUGCGAUCUACGCGGAGAACUGCAUCCGAGAUCCGUUUGCGGACAGAAAUGUUCACAAGAACAACACGGUCUACCCGCAAAAUGAGCUGGAGCGAGGCUGGCGCAUCGGGCCCGCUCCCCUGCAAACAAGGGCCCCUGCAACGGACCCACUCGUGGUAUCAGCUAGAGAGCCGGCAUACAGUUUCCGUAGCCCGGAGUCAGUGGAGAUGGAUGAGAUCAUGGCGGCCAUGGUGCUCACCAGUCUGUCUUGUAACCCCGUGGUCCAGAGUCCACCGCAGACAGAAACCGGAACAGUUGGCCCCUCAUCGUCCGCCGACAUGGAGUGCGGCGGCGGCGAGCUCUCCGACAGCGGCAGCAGCGGCUACUGGAGCUGGGAUCACGGCAACGUCAGCCCGGCCCCCUCGCCGUCCGUCCCGGAGAUGGAUAGCAGCCCCGAUGAAGGCCUGAACAUGGAGCUGGAGCAGGGGGACGGCGGGCUUCAUGCCAAAAAGCCAAAGAGCUCUUUCAAAGGCUUGUACAAGUGUCUGUGGCCCAGUUGUGGCAAGGUGCUCACAUCUUCCGUCGGAAUAAAAAGACACAUCCGAGUGCUGCAUUUGGGCAGUGGGUCAGAUCAGUCACAGAGAGAAGAGGACUUCUAUUUCAUGAAGAUAUCCUGUGAGGCCACAGACACCAGCGCCGCACUCGUUCCCGCCCAGCAGGCUUUGGGCCAAGCGUCGGCUCUCGGCUGGGCCUCGUGCAGCUCGCCAACCGGUUUGGCUGUUCAGAUCCCGCCCGCGCACAGGCCAAGGUCCAACUCGAGCUCCGGCCUGGGCGCAAGCAGGCCCACUCCGCUCAGUCAGUCAGCCCCCAGCAGUUUCUGGCAGAUCCACACAGAGCAUCUCUAUCAGGCCUGUAACCCCGCCCAGGCACCUUCAGUCCCCCGAAGUCCAGCGUGCCACACUUUGACCACGCCCGCCGCGGCCCCUGGCCACAAUAACACUCAGAUGGUGAAACCUCGCUGCCGCUCUGUCAGCGUCGGGGAGCAAUGGCUGCAACAGAACAGGCUCCAGACAAUGAGCGCGUCACCCUCGCGCACUCACUGCUCCUUCAGGAAAGGUCGCGGGGAGGCCAAGAAAUGUCGCAAGGUCUACGGAGUGGAGCGAAAGGACCAGUGGUGCACUGCCUGCCGCUGGAAAAAAGCCUGCCAGCGCUUCCCCGACUAAACAGCACAAUGGAUGGAUGCAUGGAUGGAUGGAUGGAUGGAUGAGUGGAUCGAUGAUAAAACUCAAUUUUAUCAUAAGAGGAUAUCGUGUAUAGAGCAGCCAUUGAGAAAAUGUUGGUUACUUUCCUUUUUUUUUUUAAUCUUUUUUUUUUUUUUUUUUAUACAUAUAAUGUCUUUCAUAAGCCGCCUCCAGACAAUUUGUGAUGAGAAUUCCAGAAAUCACUAUGGGAAAAUCCAGGCUAGGAGCUGUUUAGGAAAAGGCAAACAAAAAGCGCUUUGACAAUGGCUGCAUCCGUUCUUCAUCUCUUUGGGGUCGCAUUUCAGGAUUCCGAUUCCUCCGGCCAUUUAUGAAUUGUCUUUUUAUUGUUCCCGUGGGAAAUGAAGGUUUGUGUAUGUUUUUACCUGUCGGUCUGCCACGGUGCGAACUGUUGACUGACGUUGAUCACGUGACGUACUCGGCCUACAAUACUCUCCAAAGGUCAUGGAACUGCAGCCCUUGUGACCCUGUCGUACAGUAUUAGACGGCUUAGAUUGCUUGUUUGUUUAAUCCAAUCCUCUUCCAGUGGUUUCCGAUGUCUAGUAUCUUGUGCGCUUUGAGCUACGGUACGUACGAGUGUUUUGUACCUUUUUUAAAUGUCUCGUUAAGCCUAAAUUUGUUGCAAUUUUUUUUUUUCCCUCCCAUGUUUACGGCACUUUGGUGGAAUAUAAAAUCACAGGAAUAAGCUACGGUAAAUUUGGUUUCAUUUAACCAGAUUGAUUCCAUAAAAACGGAUUCUCUUCCUGCCCAUGUUGGCAAACAACCAAUGUUGGUGGUUGUUUGGAGUGUUUACGGCAAUAAGAGUUUGCAAAAGCAAUAACAAAAAAAAAAAAAAAAAAAAGGAAAUGCAGUAUAUU